AUGUUGGGAACAGAGAUAGUAGGUUCUGCAGUUGCAGCUGAGGUGUACAAAGAUGGGAGACGGAUUGCCAAUAACAUAAAUCAGACUGUUAAUUAUGCGCAUGACCUGAAAAAACACUAUAAAAGGUUAACAGAUAUUGCAGAGAAGCUAUCUGCUAGAAAGGAAGAUAUAGUGGCUGAAGCAAACAAAUAUAAGACGAAACAGUUCACUAGAGAAUGCCAAGUUUGGAUGUCUACAGUCACGAAGAGUGAAGAAGAUGUGCAAAAACUGAAAACCAAGUACGAGAAAGUACGAGGUAAAAAGCGGUUAUGGAGGGUAUUUCACCAUCGUUUCCGUGCAAAACUUAGCAAAAGCAUGGCAGAGAAGUGCGAUGAGCUACAUAACCUCUGGUCAGAGGCAAAAUUUGAGAGGGGAAUGAUGGUUGAGAAACCGCCAGAACGUGUGAGAAUUAUGCAUGCACCCAAAAUAGAAGACAAGCCAUCACUCCACUGCGUUGUUGAAGAUAUAUUGGGCCUCCUAAGAGAUGGGAAUGUUAAAAAAAUUGGACUUUGGGGAAUGGUAGGAAUCGGGAAAACAACAAUAAUGCAGAACUUAAAUGACAAUGAAGACAUUGCUAAAAUGUUUGAUAUUGUCAUAUGGGUUCAUGUAUCACAAGAUUGGAGUGUAGAAAAGUUGCAACAUGUAAUUAUAGAUCGGCUAAAAUUGAAUAUGGAAGGCAUCACUAACGUUGAUGAAAUUGCUUGGAGAAUAUCUAUGGAGUUGGAAUGCAAGAAGUAUCUACUUCUUUUGGAUGAAGUUUGGGACAUUCUGGAUCUAAAAAAGAUAGGUAUCUAUGACAACCAAAAGGAUAGCAAGGUGGUAUUGGCGACUAGAUAUCGUCACAUUUGUCGUGAAAUGGAUGAGUUGAUUAAUGUGAAACGAAUGUCUAAAGAAGAUGCAUGGAAAAUGUUUAAGGAGAAAGUCGGUCAAAAUAUAAAUAUUUCAGAUGUUGAGCCAAUAGCCAAGCUAGUUGUUCGAGAGUGUGCUGGUUUGCCGCUCUUAAUAGAUAGGGUAGCAAGCACCUUCAGAAGAAAGGAUAACUUCCACCUGUGGCAUGAUGGAUUAAUGCGUUUGCAAAGAUGGCGUAGUAUCAAAGUCCAAGGCAUGGAUGAAUUGAUUGAGUUUUUAAAGUUUUGUUAUGAAGAUUUAGAUGCUGACAAUAAAAAAUUUUGCUUUUUGUACACUGCAUUAUAUCCUGAAGACUAUGACAUAUAUAUAGAUUAUUUGUUGGAAUGUUGGAAAGCUGAAGGUUUUAUUCAUGAUGCUGAUGAUUUUAAAGUUGCACGUGGGAAAGGGCAUACCAUAUUGGAUGAACUUAUCAAAGUAUCUUUGCUAGAGAGGAGCAAGAAGAUGAAUCAUGUAUGUAUGAACAAAGUGUUGCGGAAUAUGGCCCUUAAAAUUUCUUCCCAAAGCGAAGAUUUUAAGAUUUUGAUGAAAACCCAAGAGGAGCUACAAGAGCCCCACAAUGAGGAAGAAUGGCAGCAGGUAAAUCGAAUCUCUUUGAUGGAUAGCAAAUUGUGCAUUUUACCAGAAUUGCCAGAUUGCAACAAUCUUAAAACAUUGCUGCUACAAAAAAAUAAUGACCUGAAAGUGAUUCCUAAUGGAUUCUUUAGAUACAUGCAAAAUCUACUAGUUCUAGACUUACACGGCACUGGAAUUGCGUCAUUACCAUCAUCUGUGUCUUGCUUGACGUAUUUAAGAGCAUUGUAUCUGAAUUCUUGCAUCAAUUUAAUGGGGCUUAAGUACUUAGAAGAACUAAAGCAUCUUGAGGUGCUUGAUAUUCGACGAACUGGGAUUAAUCAUUUACCAAUUCAAAUUGGAUAUUUGAUUCAGUUGAAGUGUUUACGUAUGUCCCUGUCAAAUUUUGGCUUGGGAAAAUCAGGGGAUGUUGAAUGUCAUCAAAAUGUCUUUUCAAAUCUUUCUUUAUUGGAAGAACUAAGAAUUGAUGUAGAUCCGAACAAUCGAAGGUGGGAGGGAGUUGUAAAGUCUAUUACAGAGGAGGUGGCUACCUUGAAAUGUUUGACUUCUCUUUCAAUUUACUUUCCCGAUGUGGACUGCCUUAAGAGUUUUAUCUCGACAAGCCCAUUGUGGAAGGAAAUGCACUUCACAUUCCACUUUUCUGUUGGUUAUCAUGGCUCAUCAAGUUAUCAUAUUCAAGAUUGUUUUGAAUACCAAAUAAGGAAGUGUUUCAAGCUUGCAAAUGGUGAAGGUGUAAAUCCUGCAAUUUCAGAGGUUCUUGCAAAUUCUGAAACAUUAGAAUUGAUUGGUCAUAAAGGAGCUUCAAGAUUAUCAGAUUUUGGUAUUGAAAAUAUCAAUAAAAUGCGAGGUUGUUUAAUUGAAGGCUGCGAUGAUAUUGAAACAAUUAUUGAUGGUGAUAGUGAAAGAAGAAGUGCAUUAGAAAACUUGGAAAAGAUGUACAUAAAUAAUGUCCCAAAAUUAGAAAGCAUAUGGGAAGGUCCAGUACAUAGUGGAAGCCUAGCUAACCUAACAAGUUUAAUCUUAAUGAAAUGUCCGAAGUUGAAAAAAAUAUUCUCCAAUGAGUUUGAACCCAAGGUGCUUCCCAAACUGAAAACGCUUGAGCUCUAUGAUCUUCCAAAAGUGAAAAGCAUUUGUACUGAUGACUCAUUGGAGUGGCCAUCUUUAGAGAAUAUUAAGAUAUCCAUGUGCCAGUCGUUGACAAGAUUGCCUUUCAACUGUGAGAACGCAGUCAAUUUGAGAUGUAUUGAAUGCCAACAAUUAUGGUGGAGUGCGUUGGUAUGGAAUGAAGAUACUAUUGAACAAAGAUUACGGUCUAUAUGCAUUUUCAACUAGUCUUUUCGGCUUCAGAUUUCUUCACGGUAACUCUUUUGUGUAAGAUGUCCAAAGUUGAUUGAAUAGCUUGAAUUGAAUGAUGUCCUGAAAUCUGAGAGAAUACUGUGGGUUGGAACCUGGUGUGCUUUCAAGUUUAAAGAUGCUUGUGCUUUCUCAUCUUCUAAGAGCAAAAAGCGCUUGGAUCAAUGACUCAUUGAAGUUGCCAACUUUAGAGAGAAUUACGAUAUCCGUAUGCUAGUUAUUGAUAAGAUUGUGCUUCAACAAUGAGAAUCCAAUCAAUUUGAGAUGUGCUGAAGGCCAUCAGUCAUGGUGGAGUGCGUUGGUUGGCAAGAGAUGCCAUUGAACAAAGACUAUGGUUUAUAUGCAUGUUCAACUAACCAUUCUUCUUCGCAGCAUUUCUUCUAUGCUAGCUAGCGGUAUAAAUGUUUUCUCCAUCAGCUUUUGGUUUGCUAGAUUUAAAAUUUUUAUUAUGUCCUUUUCGAGAUAACAUAUGAUUGUGAGUUAGUUUUUUA